GAAGAUUUUUCAUUCAGGUUUCGUUUUACCAAGGCGUCUGUCAUUGCAAUCAUGUCGGAACUGCAGUUGGAAAAGAACACGGACCGAAGGGGAACCCCGCUCCCACCGCUGCUGAAGGUGCUCAUCACGCUUCGGUUUUACGGCACUGGUGCCAUGCAGACAGUGGUUGGCGACCUCGUACGCGUCUCACAGCAGUAUGUGUCGCGUUGUGUCUGGGAGAUCACCCAGGUCAUAUGUUUGCGGCUGUUUCCAAAAUAUGUGCGACUCCCCGAUGCAGCAGACGCGAAUGCUGUGAUGGCCCGCUUCUACGCAAUUGGCCUGUUUCCAGGUGUAACGGGGUGUAUAGACUGCACGCACGUCCCGAUUGUGAGCCCUGGAGGUGAGAACGCCGAGGUCUUCCGCAACCGCAAGGGAUACUUCUCACUUAAUGUGCAGGCUAUCACUGGUCCCGAGCUCCAAUUCUUUGACGUAGUUGCCAGUUGGCCUGGAUCUGUGCAUGACAGCAGAAUAUUCACCAACAGCAGAGUGAUGGCUCUCUACGAACAGAAGGCUGUACCUGGCGUUCUCCUUGGUGACCAGGGGUAUGCGUGCCUACCAUUCCUCAUGACACCACUGAAGAAUCCUCAAACAAGCGCAGAAAAGAGGUAACAGCACAUGAACCUCAGCAUGGAAAUUAUAAUAGGUGCGCUACUUGGCACAAUAGUACUUGAAGCACUAAAAUUGCAGUGUCCCUUAUGAAAACUAGAAUAAAAACCUGCCGUUUAUAAGAUAAAUGUCAAAACUUCUUGGAGCAAAUGAAGUACCUGCAACUGUAAAGCCCACUGUAAAAACAAAGAGAAAAGGUAUUCCUAGACGCAAACCACUUAAAUUUUAAAUUUGCUCCCAUACAAGCAUACACAUGCUUUAGAGCAGUCUCUGAACAGGUUUACUGUCUGCUGUCCCACAGCAAAUUCUUUGUUAUCUCGAAAAGCAUACCCAUGAUGUGCACGUGCCAAUAACACAGGUUGUAUCAAAACACAUUUAAAAUGGAACACGCAAGUUAUCUUCAAAAACAAAACUGUUUCUUCCUAAUAAUUGUGAUGAUGUAUCAGUGGCUGUAUCUUGACAUGUUCACAAAUGCUUUUGCACAUAGCGCUUGCUGCUCAUGCAUGAUUUGCACAUUCUCUCGU